GGGACACUGGCACCGGCACCGACCAUGCACAGCCUGGCCACGGCCGCGGGGGUGGGUGAGGAAGAAAAGGGUAAGGAUAAUAAGGAAGACCCUCACAAGGUUCAGGAUAGACCCCUUCUUACAUUGACCUUUAAACACUCAUUCACAACAGCUCCUGGGUGCCCACCCACCUCCUCUGCCCCCUGGGGAGCUGUUUUACUUCUGGCCUUGACUGCAGAGGGAAAGAGGAGCCUGUGCCAACGGCACUGGCUCAGGUUGACCGUGAAAAGAUUUACCAAUGGAUCAAUGAGCUGUCCAGCCCUGAGACACGGGAGAAUGCACUGCUGGAGCUGAGCAAGAAGCGUGAGUCUGUGCCUGACCUCGCCCCGAUGCUGUGGCAUUCGUUUGGCACCAUCGCAGCACUCCUUCAGGAAAUUGUAAAUAUUUACCCAUCCAUCAACCCUCCGACUUUGACAGCCCAUCAGUCCAACAGAGUCUGCAAUGCUUUAGCUCUACUACAAUGUGUUGCAUCACACCCUGAAACGAGGUCAGCUUUUCUGGCAGCUCAUAUCCCUCUCUUCCUGUACCCCUUCCUGCACACCGUCAGCAAGACACGUCCGUUUGAGUACCUGCGGCUCACGAGCCUUGGAGUGAUUGGCGCCUUGGUGAAAACUGAUGAGCAAGAAGUCAUAAAUUUCUUACUGACAACAGAAAUUAUCCCCCUGUGCUUACGCAUUAUGGAGUCUGGCAGUGAGCUCUCCAAAACGGUUGCUACGUUUAUUCUUCAGAAAAUCCUCCUGGAUGACACAGGGCUGGCAUACAUCUGUCAGACUUAUGAGCGGUUUUCCCAUGUUGCCAUGAUACUGGGUAAAAUGGUCCUGCAGCUCUCCAAGGAGCCAUCAGCACGGCUGCUGAAACAUGUUGUCCGCUGCUACCUUCGCCUUUCCGAUAACCCCAGAUGUAGGGCACGUGAAGCUCUCAGGCAGUGCCUUCCUGACCAGCUGAAGGACACCACCUUCGCCCAGGUCCUGAAGGAUGACACCACCACAAAGCGCUGGCUGGCUCAGCUCGUCAAGAACCUGCAAGAGGGUCAAGUCACUGACCCACGGGGCAUCCCUCUUCCUCCGCAAUGACUGCUGGGGGAGGUGGGGAACUGGGGAAGAAACAGCUCAGGUUUACAAAGAACCAGAAACAGGUGACCUCUUCUGCAACAAACUGGGCUCGCCAGCUGGCUGCCAGCCUGUCGGACCAUCCCACCCAGCCAAAGGGCUGCUCUGUAGCAGCACGCCUCCAGGGAUCCCAACACCAGCAAAUGCUGAUACUACAGCUUAAAAAAAAACAAAAACAAAAAAGGUCAAUAAAUACCAUCUGUAGAGAUCCCAGUCUCUCUGGGAGGCUUGGGUGGCAUCCCUGCCCCCACCUCCAGGCAGGGGGUAGUGCAGAUGUCUCCUCUUCCAGCAAGCUCAGCCUCCGCCCGAGCGGUGCACAACUCCGGGUGUGCACGCCACAUCCCUCCAAUUCCUUGUCACUUCUUGUUUACACGUCUUGUUUAGAUGCGUGAACUGAAUAAAAGCUGAUCCAGUUGUUUUA